AUGAAUAACAGCCCAAACAUCAACGGAGGCUCUCAGCCCGGGCACAUGCGCGUCGCCAUCAUCGGCGGUGGAAUUGUGGGUGUAGCGACGGCACUCGGUCUCGCACGCCGCAACAUCGCAGUGCGACUGUACGAGCAGGCGGCCAACUUCCGCGAGAUCGGGGCGGGCGUAGCCUUCACGACGAACGCGCAGGCGUGUAUGGCGCAGCUCAACCCGGUCAUUCUGGAGGCUAUGCAGGCCGUCUCGACCAAGAAUGAGAGUGCCUACUACACGUAUGUGGAUGGGUAUCGAUGCGGACCAGGCCAAACGGACGACGAUGCCGACCUCAGCGAGACGCAGCUUUACCAGUUACAUGCUGGGACGACGGGCUUCGACGCCUGUCAUCGCGCCCACUUCCUAGACGAAAUGGUCAAGCAUGUGCCUAAAGACAUGGUGGCGUUUGGGAAACGUUUCAAAACGUACACCUUUGAUGAGGAGCUGGAAGAGUUUACUCUCCGGUUUGAGGAUGGCUCGACAGCCACCGCCGACGUCAUCAUAGGCUGCGACGGCAUCAAGUCGCGCGUUCGCCAAGUGCUCUUCGGCGAGAGCAACCCGGCCUCGUACCCCAGUUUCGCCAACCAAAUUGCCUUCCGGGGGCUGGUCAGCAUGGAACGGGCGGUAGCGGUACUGGGCAAGGACAAAGCCCACAACCAGUGCAUGCACACGGGGCCGGGGGCCCACCUGCUCACGUUCCCCGUGGCGCAGCAUACGCUGAUGAACAUCGUCGCGUUUGCGCCGGCGGCGCCGGGCGGCUGGGCGCAGCAGAAGGGUGGUGGUAGCCCCGGGGCGAUGGUGGCGCCGGCGACCGGGGACGAGGUGCGCGCCGCUUUCGCCGGCUGGCGGCCCGCCGUGCGCGCCAUCACCGGCCUGCUGCUAGAGGCGGGGGUGGAGGAGGGUGGUAAGCUCGACAAGUGGGCUAUCUUUGAUACGUACGAGCACCCGGCGCCUACGUACGCCUCGGGUAGUGUGUGCAUUGCUGGGGAUGCGGCACACGCGGCAUCGCCGCAUCAUGGCGCCGGCGCGGGCAUGGGUAUUGAGGACGGGCUGGCCUUGGCCACGGUGCUGGAACUGGCCGCCGAGGAAAUCACCAGGCAGGGCAACCGCAAGGACGGGGAGAGGAGGAAGGGCGCCACUGUGGCGGCCGCGUUGGCGGCGUACAAUGCUGUUCGUCGGGAGCGCACACAAUGGCUGCGACCCCGAGAAAUGCCUGCGGGACAUCGAGUGGCGUGCUCACAAGAUCUGGCACUUUGA